GCGUAAGAGGUCUGGAUUCGUCAAAAAGGUCUUCAGAAUCCAAACGUCUUAUGGUUUAGCUCUCGAUUUUCUCCAUCGCUUUCUUCUUCCUCCGGCUUCAAGUCGCCGGAUCUUCCGGAUUUCGAUUCACUUUUUUUCCUUGUCCCAGACCUAGGCUUCAUGGUUUUCUGAUUCCGCGUUUCAGGAAAGAGGCAUGUAAUUCAGGAUUUUCCGGCGAUUUGGUGGACGUGUGGAGAAAUUUUUUCGAGUUUAGUAUUCCUAGAAAGUUUUUCUCUUUUGCUUAUAGAGUUUGUGGAUUAAUGGUUGAAGGAGAAGAUGGUCUUUCGAUGGGUUUGAAAGGAUUUCAUUUCUUCGUGAAGGUGAGAUUGUUGGAGAUUGCAAGUCACCUCAUUCGUAUUCACGGGUUUGCUUGAUCAUAGGACUUUGCAAAAAUUGAGGGUUUUGGUUGUUUCGUAUGAGAAGGUGUUUAGGUCUUUUAGCAUUUCAAGCGUCUUUUAAGCGAUUUUUAUUUGAGCUUAGAGAUGGAUGAAGAGGCUACUUCUUGGAUUAGGAGGACAAAAUUUUCUCAAACGGUUUCUUAUCGUCUGAAUUCGUCAAAGUUAGCCUCUCUCCCUUUUAAGGUAAACCAAGAGAAGUUUUCUGGGCUGAAAACAAGACCCCAGACAUUAACGUCUUCAUCAUCAUUGGAUCCGAAGUUGGUUUCGAGUAACUCACAGACGACUACACAGGAUUCCACGAGUUUGAAAGCUGAUGUAUAUGUUGUUGAUUCGGAAAUACAGACAAAUCCGGUAACUAAUAAACAUAGAUCUGUUUCUCCCUCGCCUCAGAUGGCUCUUCCUGAUGUGUUUAAGGAAGCAAGGUCUGAGCGUAAGAGAUUUUCUACUCCACAUCCAAGAAGAAUGGACUCAGAAAAGGGAAUGAAGCCAAAGUUAUCACAUAAAAACUCCUUUGAAAAAAGGUCGUUCAACUUGAGGUCUCCAUCAGGUCCUAUCAGAGAUCUUGGUACCCUGAGGAUUCAGGAGAGGGUGAAGAGCAAGAAGGACACAGGGUGGUCUAAGCUUUUUGAUAAUGCUGGUCGUAGAGUGAGUGCUGCUGAAGCUGCUGAAGAGUUCCGCGUCGAUAUGUCAAAGCUGUUCUUUGGGCUUAGGUUUGCUCACGGGCUAUAUAGCCGGCUUUACCAUGGAAAGUAUGAAGAUAAAGCUGUUGCCGUGAAGCUUAUCACUGUGCCUGAUGAUGACGAAAGUGGAUGCUUGGGAGCUCGUUUAGAGAAACAGUUUACCAAGGAAGUCACCCUUUUGUCCCGAUUGUCCCAUCCAAAUGUUAUUAAGUUUGUGGGUGCGUAUAAAGAUCCGCCUGUGUACUGUGUCCUCACGGAGUAUUUACCUGAAGGAUCUUUAAGAUCUUUUCUGCACAAGCCUGAGAAUAGGUCUCUUCCUCUGAAAAAGCUGAUAGAGUUUGCUCUAGAUAUUGCAAGAGGGAUGGAAUAUAUUCACUCACGACACGUAAUUCAUCGGGAUCUCAAGCCAGAAAAUGUUUUGAUCGACGAAGACUUCCAAUUGAAGAUUGCUGACUUUGGCAUAGCGUGUGAGGAGGAGUACUGUGAUAUGUUGGCUGAUGAUCCAGGGACGUAUAGGUGGAUGGCACCCGAAAUGAUAAAACGGAAACCUCACGGACGUAAGGCCGAUGUGUACAGCUUUGGACUUGUUUUAUGGGAAAUGGUUGCUGGAGCAAUCCCUUAUGAGGACAUGAAUCCUAUUCAAGCUGCUUUCGCAGUCGUACACAAGAACAUUAGGCCGGCUAUCCCUGGAGAUUGUCCAGCAGCCAUGAAAGCUCUUAUAGAGCAGUGUUGGUCGGUUGCGCCGGAUAAGAGACCGGAGUUCUGGCAGAUAGUGAAAGUGCUUGAACAGUUUGCGGCUUCAUUGGAACGUGAAGGGAGCUUGAAUCUGACCUCAAACAAGAUCUGCAAGGAUCCAAGAAAGGGUCUGAAGCAUUGGAUUCAGAAGCUUGGACCGGUUCAGGGAGGAGGAGGAGCAGGAGGCAGCAGCAGUAGCGGCCUUGGUGGCUCGGCCUUGCCUAAGCCUAAAUUCGCUUGAGAGAUGUGAAGCGUCGUCUCUUUUUGUAAAUCUUAUAUAUAUGAAAUACAAAAGAAGGGUUUUGUGUUGUGUUAUGUUGUGUCCUGUCUCCUGUCCCUGUUUUGUGGGUUGUGAUGUGAUCUUUUCAUCUUUCAUCUUCUCUGGAUUUGUUUGUGUAAUGACAAUCAAACUGGGGAAUGGUUGUGAUUUGAUGUUUAUGGGAUUCAAUAUCGUUUCUACUUUGUGGAUUUCUAGUUUAAAUA